UCUUCCUGAGAAGUUGGUAACUAAACCAAGUCAAAGACCUUGGUUAUUGCAAUUGUUAAAGAAAAUUAAAGACAAUAAACCAAAAACUGAAUGUCCGCAAUGUGUUUGUGGAAUUCCAAAUGUCAACAGUAGAAUUGUAGGUGGAAUAGAAACAAAAGAAAAUGAGUAUCCAUGGAUAGCUAUGUUGUUAUACGGUGGUGAAUUUAUUUGUGGUGGAAGUUUAAUAAAUGACCGGUAUAUUCUUACUGCUGCUCAUUGUGUUCACAAAUUUUCAAAAUAUGGUAUUUCUGUUCGGUUAUUAACACACAAUCGCAAUAAUCCAGGCGAACAUGCAAUUGAUAUAAAUGCUGAAGAAAUUUUUGCUCAUGCAAGUUACUAUUCCAAUAACGAUACAUACAUUAAUGAUAUAGCCUUGAUAAAAUUGGAGUCGAAAGUAGAUUUUAACAAUAAGAAACUAAAACCGAUUUGUUUACCUUGCGGCACUUUAAAUUUGGUUAAUGAAAAGGGUUUAGUCAUUGGUUGGGGAAGAACAAGUGAAGAUGGUGAAGUUGCUGAAAAUCUUUUACAAGUCUCAUUACCAAUUCUUUCUAAUACGGAAUGUGAAUCAAAAAUAGUUCCCGUUGUAUCAGAUAUGCUUUGCGCCGGUGAAGAAGCUGGAGGAAAAGAUGCUUGCCAGGUUUUAUUAAAAAACUCAUUUUAUAAGCGAGUUGUAUCUUAUGGAGACGGUUGUGCAAGACCAAAUCUUCCAGGAAUAUAUAGUAAAGUUACCAGCUAUUACCGUUGGAUACGAGAUCAUACAAAAGAUGCAUGUUAUUUUUUUCGUUGUCGUAAGAAAGAAAAACCUGAAUACAGUGAAAUAACGUCAAAUUCUUUCAAAUUUUAUUUAUUUGGAUUUGUCAUACUUCAAUUUGCUACAGCUGACAAAAGCGAUGAAAAAGUGUUAACGGUAGAAACUACAACGUUUCCUGAUAAUAAUUUGGAUAUUCAAACAACGACAGUAGCGGAGAAUGAACAAAUUAUACUUUUAAAUGAAACUGAUGCAACUGUUAAACAAAAUCCUUUCUUGGAUUGGAUUGUUGCUCUAUUACCAGGAUUAAGGCCACCGCCUCCAGUAGCAACACCACAACCAGUUGCUGUCAACAAAACUUGUGGACCUUGUGAAUGCGGUCAUACAAAUAAAAGAACACGUAUUGUUGGUGGUAAAGAAACUCUUGAGAAUCAAUAUCCUUGGAUGGCAAUGAUGCUAUACCAUGGCAAAUUUUAUUGUGGUGCAACAUUAAUAACUGAUCGUAACUUGUUAACAGCAGCACAUUGUGUCAAUGGAUUCAAUAAAGAUUAUAUAGUUGUUCGAAUGUUAGAACAUAAUAAAGCUAUGACUAGUGCCCAAAGAUUGGAUAGAAAAGUACGAAGAGUUUUGCAACACUCUUUAUAUACAUCAUCAACGUACAAUAAUGAUAUUGCAAUACUUUACAUAGAUCAUCCUGUACAAAUGAACAAAGUUUUAAGACCAGCAUGUUUACCUACACCUGGAAAAUCAUUUACCGGCGAGACCGGUAUUGUAACUGGUUGGGGAGCAACUAUGGAAAAUGGAGUAAUAUCAGAUGUUCUACAAGAGGUAUCAGUUCCUAUAAUGUCAAACACUGAAUGUCGUCGAACUAAAUACGGUGCUUUACGUAUUACUGACAAUAUGUUGUGCGCGGGAUUCAAAGAAGGUCUUAAGGAUUCUUGUCAGGGCGAUAGUGGUGGCCCUUUACAUGUUAUAAGUGAUGGAUCUCAUCAAAUUGCAGGUAUUGUUUCAUGGGGAGAAGGUUGCGCUCAACCAAAUCAGCCUGGAGUUUAUACUAGAGUAAAUAGAUAUGGAACUUGGAUUCGAAGUAAUACUCAAGAUGCGUGUUACUGUUAA